CCCCAUCGAGUGCCUGUUGCAAUGACGUGUUCCGAAAAGGGAUGGAUUGGGUGGAGCGGGGGUGUUAACGCUGAGGAGGGUUCUGCCUAUGUGUUAUUGGCUAUGCUCGGGGGCCAACCCUCAUUUUGCCCUGGGUGUCGUGCGUGUGAUAAAUCCCCCACCUACGGCGGGUGCCGACGCCCUUCGAGGUCGUGCUGGGGGAUUCGUGGAUCCAACCUGUCAAAUAUCGCUACAUUUUGGUGUACGGUUAAUGAUACAUCGAUACGGAGAGGAAAAUACUUCAUAUUUAUUGACAAACGGAAAUGA